UCAGAGGAGGAUGAGGAAGGAGGACGGAGGGGAGAGACUGCACAAGGGGGGUAAGGAUGGAGGGGGGAGAGAGAGAGAGAGAGAGAGAGAGCCAGAGAGAGUGUUUAUUUAAGUUUUUCGUCUCCUGACUCAGACAGAGAGCAGACUACAGAGGAUAAUGAGAAACAGAUCUUUGGUGGAGAGGAAGGGAGGGGAGAGCGGAGAGAAGGAGGGACAAGAGAGGAGGAGUGGGGUAAAUUUAAAAAAAAAAAAAAAAAAGGAAGAGGGAGAAAAGGGGAGGAGAGGGACGAGUGACAGCCAAAAAAGGGGGGCAGUCGUGUUUGUCGCCACAGGAAAUCGGCCCUCUCUGCUCACUCGCUGACAGUUAACAUCACAGCACUGGUGGCCGUGCAGCAGGCCCACAAUGGCAGGUUUAAGAGACGGAGAGGCUCGCCCCAAGCCCCGCUCAUGAUUGGAAUAAUAAUAACUAGAUUGUUGUUGGUUCACAUGUGCGAAAUAGGUCACCGGUGCCAAAGAUGAUAAGCAGAUAAAUUUCACAGACAAAAAAAAGUCCAGAAACCAAGUUUGGACGAUACACUUUAGGAUUUAAGAUGUUAAGAAAAGCCAUGUGUGUGUGUUUAGUUUGAAGUCCCUGUUGUGUUAUUUAGUAAAUGUGAAGUGACUACAAGAGAAACCUCCAGAGUGAGUGAGGAAGAGGGGGAGAGGAGGGAGGCUGGAGGUUGGGCAGAGGGGAUUCAUGACUGACAGGCCCAGGGUCCUAUGGGGAAUGACUAACGGACCAACUGGAGCUGGGAAACCCACCCAAAGGCAAUUAAGGGUAAAGGACGACAAAAAUAUUUGAUAAACUUUUUUUUUCUCCUCCUCUCUCUGUCUUGAACGGGGAAGAAGAAGAAGGAGAAGUAGAAGAAGAAGAAGAAGCAACAAGGGAUGGCGGUGGAGCUAAAAAAUGACAGACUGGACUAAAUCUGGGGGGAAUGUUUGAGAAAAGUUUGCCAGAUCCCGGAGAGGAGGAUUUGAUCUGAACCGCAAGGCAUGACGGCUGAAAAAGUUGCAAACAUCCGAGCAAGACGAAGUGAUCAUCGCGUGUGAAAAGCUGCUGAAGUUAAAUCAAAACCUUCCACGAGGAGAGGGAGAUUUGCGCAAUGACGCGCGCAUAGACACGGAUCAAACUUUUGGGGAUAUUUCUCUCAUUAUCGAGGACGUUUAAUCCGCUCGAGGAGAUAAGAUUGUAUCAGUGUAUCUGUAUCCUGUCCUCACUGCCGGGGGGCGAUGGGGGCCGCGCCGGGCUCGGGCUGGGAGGAGGGCGAGUUCGAGUUCAAGCUGGUGUUUGAGGAGGACCCGCCGCUCCGCCAGAGCCAGGGGCCAUCCCCGGCGCGCGUAGCCGAGCCGGAAAGCUCCGUUCCCGGGGAGGAGAGUGAGGGAGCCCUGCUGCACCUGGAGCCCUCCAACAGCAGCAGCAGCCUGGGUGAGAGUCAUUUAUUGGACGGUUUAAUGUGUAACAUAAGUAAAGGGACACGGAACACUGGCUCAAAUGCAUGGGAACUUCUCUCCGUGUGCGCAUGUGCGUGUGUAUGUGUGUGCCUUCGUGUGUAGUUGGCAGAAGUUGCAUGUGCUUUAAUGAGGCCUUCAUCUGCAUGCCUGUGCUUAUGUGAAGUGUGCAUGUAAUGUGCGUGCGUGCCUCCAUCUGUAAGCACGCGAGCGCAUUGUUAUUGUGCGUCCGCUUUGUGUGUGUCUCUUGAUUGCGUGAGUUUGCGUUUGUGUGUUUGUGCAUGUGUGCGUGCAGCCCUCAGACUCAAUGUGUUUCUAAUCAGCUGUGCGUGUGAGCAGAGUUAACAGCUGCCAUCUGGGAAGGAACCUCAACCUCUGUGUACUGAACACACACACACACACACACACACACACACACCUCCUUCCCUCUCACCCUCCCUCCCUCCUUCACUCAACCUCCAUCUCCCCCAUUUUUCACAGCACACACACACACACCUCGUAUCCUCACAUCCACUCUUUCAUUUGUUUCCCGCCCACACUGGCAUACAGUUGUAUUACCACACCCUAAGCAUGAAAGUAAACUUCAGGAGAAACAAGAGAACAAUUCUUCACUCAGUUUGAUGGGCUUUCAAGGCCUUUCUUAACCGGAGUGCGUUUGUUCACUCCUGACACACUUUCUCGUCACCUCUGGUGUCCAUAUUUACAUCCUUGGCUCACCUUGUUCAUUCACACACCAGGGAAACUGUUUAAAAACAAUAAAAAUCAAACUAACAUUUCAACAUCUUACCUAUUUAUCAGUUUAAGUCAAAAACAUCAAAACAUCAUAUUAAUCAUUUUGUUUUUUGCGCCAUUAGUACCAUUAGGAUUGUAUAUGAAGGUGGAGCUGGACACAAAUAAGCAAAUAAGUUCACAAAAUUAUUAUUAUUAUUAGAAGAUUACUCCAUCUAUUUAUGUGUGUGACUGGUCCUCUUAAAUGGAAGAUGCUGCCAGUGCACAUUACAAGAAAGUGCAUUUCUUCACCGAUGCAUAGAAACCUCUUGUGGCUGUGGUGAGGCUAAUUCUGCCUAUUGACAGAUAAAUCUGACUGUAUCAAACUCAUACAGAUAGUCUGACUGUAUGUUUUGCAUGUUAUAAUGUGUUAAACUAACUGAUCAAAAAAAAUCAACAUAGAUAAGUAACUUUUACCAAGUUAGAGGCCUAUUUGCUGUCUUAUGUCCUGUUUCCACUCACAAAUGUGGAAUUCUCCGUGAUAUUUGAUGUGUCUGCAAAACUCCUCUGCUUCAUGAUAUUGCAGCCACAAGUAUACAACUCAUAAAAUUCAACUGAAGCUGUGUACUGUAUGACAGCUUUACAGCCUCUCUCCUUAUGUUGAUUGUCAAGUAAAUUUGUAUGUUUAAAAAGAUGUAAUGUUAUUGUCGGAUAGGAUUACAUACAGUUUGAUAUGCAGACAGAUUUAUCAGAUAUCAGACUAGAUCAGCCUCUCUCCUGUGGUUAUAAAUAGUUCCUCUCAGGUUUCUACCCGUUCGUUAACAAAUGCAUCUUCUUGUGUUGUACACUGUUGAUUUGCAGACAUCAGUCACCUUAUGUAAGUGGAAACACGGUGUAAUGGCCUGUCUGAAAUCCACAGUGAAAAGUUGCAUAUUAGACCUAAAUGAUUCAGAGAGAAGGAGUUUUACAGGCUCAUCAGAUAUUAUUAGAGAUAUUAACUUUUACACACACUCAGGUGAAAAUGAGGCUUUAUGGUUUUACCACAUUAAACUGAAGAAAAAAAUUUGAUUUUCAAUUAAUUAGUGGUAAACUUUGAAAUUUGUGGUCAGAGAGUCAUUGAAUGAGUUAAAAAAAUAAUGCGCUUUAUAAUCCGGUGCGCUUUAUGUAUGAAAAUAGAUGCGAAUAGACGCGUUCAUCGAUGGUGUGCCUUAAAGUCUGAAAAAUACGACAAGAGCAGGGUAAUUUUUUUUUUUUUAUUAUUCAGGGAGCUUUAUUUUGCUUAAAAUGCAUCAUUUGUCCACCAGGGGGCGUCAAAAUCAACAUAAUCCAAAAUUUCCUCACAGAAGCUUUAAUUUCUAACUUUAUGUAUGUUAACUCUUAUUGAUGACAAAUACAACACUAUCCAAUCCUUUAAUUUUUACAAUAAAUUGAACAGAGAGGAUAAAAGACUGAUGUUGUCUCAGUGAUAUAAACCAUUUGUUCCUGAAGAGGCAUAACGGAGUCAAAAGAUAGUGGUCGCCAUCAUUUCUAAUCCAGGUGAACAGAAGGUGAAGAUGAGGCGGGCUUUAAGCCUCUUGGCUAAUAGUUAUAACACACCUGCCUGUCAGUCAAAUAAGCCACGCCCCUAGUCAUGUGAAGUUGGUGUGUAACUCUCUGCUGAAACAAAUGGGUGAUGAAAAAUUCAUCUUUCCUACAGUUGUCAGAAAUAAAUGAGUUAUAGAAACCAAGUCUGUUAUUGAAUCAGGCUGCAAACAUGUUUAUUUCUUCAUUAAAGUCGACCAUCUUAAAAAAAAAAUUUGAACUUGAGGUUGCCGCUUGCAGACAGCUUGCGAUCCGUCUAACUUCAUGUUUGGAUUUCUUGCGUGCUUGUGCUAACACAGCUGCUAGCGCCCCCGAGUAAACCAUUUACAAAUGAAGAGGGCGUUCAUUAAGUGUUACAGGUGUGGCCCAGUUUAGUCGACCCCCACUUUGAAACUUGCGUCACUUGAGAGGAACUGAACACCCAGCUUCGUAAUGUUUAAGAGGAGUUGAAGAUGUUUUUAUCUCAGAUCUCUUGGACUCUAAUCUAUAUGGGCUCUUGGUCCAGUUUUCAGUGUGAAGUUCAGCUCAGGACACGACAAAAUAGUACAGUAUAUUAGGUCUUGCUCUCUUGAAAUCAGUUUUAUAGUGUUCAAUAAGUGUUAGGUACGUUUCGUGGCUCAUAAACUUCUCCGCUGGUCCGCUCACAAACAUCUAAAUCAUUGUUUCAUGUGAAAAAUCCUCCUGCAGAAGAGUUGCCUCAGCGCUGCGGCUUUAAUCACUUGGAAAUAUUUUUUGUUGCCAGGAAACAUUUGAAGAGGUUUUUCACCCCGAGUCUUAAUUUGCUGGCAGUUGCUGUUGUGUGUCCGUGUUGCCCAAAAUUUGUCUGUAUGGCCCUCCGCCACUGCAGCCCAACAAUGAUUCGAAUGGAGCCUCGCUCAUUACAGACUAACUACUGUUUGGCUCCGUGUGCAGGCCGACCGCUCCACGUUUGGGAAAUGCUGCGGUGACGACUGUGGCCUUGACUGUGGUAUCUUUCAGAUGAUUGUUUGGUGAUGUCAGAAAAGUUUAGACGAGAACAUUUUGUGAAAUUAGAAAAAGAGAUUGUAGAAAUUAAAUCUUUAUAAGUGAGUUUUGUUGCACGAAUUGGGAUUAGAAAAAACAAAGAAAAACAAAAUAAUGUUGUUCGUUACACUCCAAAGUUCAACUUCAGAUGUUGUUUGCCAAAUUAUUCCCAUAUGUCUGUGAGGCUGUGCAGUCUAAAAUCAAAUCCUGCCAUGUCAUUUAAAAACUUCAAUAUUUAUGUGAAUCUGAUUCAUACAAUAUUGUUGGUUUCAUUGGCAUACUUUAGAAAUGUGUAGAAACCACUGACUGUAUAUCAAUAUGGACACCUGGUCUACUCUUAUAGAGAAGUGAGGCCAAAAUACCACCUCAAUGACUGCUGAAAUACUGCACUGAUAAAGCCAAGGUAUGCACAGAAGCAGCUGGUGGAGCUGCAGGAAUGACAACACAACCCUUGUGCUAACCAAAACACACAUUUGACUCAUCAAUAAAACAUCCCAAAUCCCUCAGAUCAGGGUCAAACAUUUACAUCUUUGAUGUUUUACUGAUAAAUCGUGUUGUUUUGAAGUGGUUAUGGAAAGUUCACCGGCUCUUCUCUGCUCUCCUAAUACAGUAAAAAAAGUCAGCAGGAGCCCACAUCUGUCAACAGAGCUGUCGAACACCUUUUUAAGAUAACGUAUUGAAGAUGAACCAUCCAGAAAAAUGAACAUUUGAGCAUUAUUCAGAAUGAUAAAGGCUCAUUUAUGCCCCCUGUGUGCAGAACAUUAGAUUAAUAUGUUUUGCAAUGUACAUUUUGCGGAGUACAAACAUAAGACUCCAUCUGUAUCCAAUGUAGAUCAUAAAUAAGCCUGAAGAAGUAAUUAAAUAAGAUAAACCAGCACCCCACGGGGCACCAAUGGGCCCCAGCAGUGUUGCGCCGCUGCCUCUUUAAACCACCUCCCUAGUGCACUGCCACCGCAAGCCAACCCAGUUGCAAUGCUCUCCACAGCAGGCCUAAAAUAAUAGAAAAAUAUAUGAUGUUUAUUUCAAUUUAAUGUGUGACCCAGAAAAAGGGGCGGGGUUUCUGACCUAUUCUGCAGUCGAUCAGCAGGGGGAGCUCCAGAUAUUGUGGCUUCGCAGUUCAUGAACAUUUGUGGUGUUCAUUUUAAUUCACUGUUUAUGGUAAAUAAGUAUCAUUAACAACAGUUCUGAAAUCAUAGUAAAAUAACUCACACUCUUGUUCUGAAAAAUGUGGCAGAACACCCGGUGGAAAAUACAGAAGUGCUGAAAACUGCAGUUCCUCGAGUUUCCACUAGAGGUUGGUUGCAAAAGCCAAAGACUUCCCACUAACUAUCCCAGCAUCCUUGGGCGAAGGCAGAGGACACCCUGGACAAGUCGCAGGGCUGACAUAUAGAGACAAACAACCAUCCACACUCACAUUCACACCUACGGGCAAUUAGAAAGUGGCCAAUUAACCUAACCCCACACAGCACACAUCACUCCUAAAGCCGCAUCCUAAAAUGAGCAUUAUGCCAAGCUUUUAAUCAAGUGUGAACAGUUGUUUUCUCUAAAAUAUCAAACUGUUCCUCUCUCUAAAAUGGGACAAAAACCAUGCCUUUGCUCUACAGACUCCUCCACAUAGUAAGUAUGUUCCAGUUGUGUGCAGUUUCCAGAUGGUAACAAUUACACAACUGUAAACUCUUGUAUGAAUGAUUUAUGUAUGUUGAUAAUGAAAAACGAACCUCUACUGUCCACAAACGGCCUUUCCGAGUCCUUUGAAUGACAUGUAAUGAGUGUUUCUCGUGCCACAUGUGAAAAGACAAGUUUUCAAGAGCUUACUGUCACUCUGUGGUGUUCAAAUGAAGGAUUAAUACGUGAUUUAAUGACCCAAACAGAAAACCGCAACCUAUGAUAUAAUAGGAAAGUAUGUGUGAAAAAUAGAAAAGGCACAUUUUUAUAUGAAAGAAAUCAGCCAAAGAACAAAUUGUUUCCACGUUGGAGCAGAGGUGUAUGUUAGGAAAAUGAGCAAAACUGUAAACUCCUUUGCCAACGAGCUCACAGUAUGGCUCUGAACUGUACCUGUCUUUGUGUUUCUUCAUAUUUCAUCAGUAACAGAUAACCACCUGGUCGCAAGCGAUGCAGGACACUCAAUCAGCAUCCCCAGCCCUCCUCCAUCGUCCAAUCAGAGGGCUGGGAUGCAUUCCCCUCCGCCACGCCGGGCGCCUGUUAGAGAGUUCAGCGGGACUUAUGAGAGCCUGCCGGCACGCUCAGUACAGGUGACACAACCUGUUUAUGAAUUUCCCACACUUUUUCAUAAUACACUGCUUUAGUAAUAUAUUAAUCUGACAAUUAAAUGAAUGAAAUGACACUUUUACACUGAAGUUUUAACAUCUAGAUCUUCAUGAGUGUAGAUUUAUUGUUGAUGUUUUUGAGAAGUUAUCACUAAAUUCACUCUCACGGCUCAGAUUUGGCCUCCAGAGUAAGAUUUUUGAGAACUAAUGUGGAAUUUCCUCCUUUUGAAAAGGCUCUAUGUGAUUUAUUUUACUUUUGAAAGUCUAAAAAACAAAGAGUGCCUCAAUUCUAGUUUUACAUUUUUCCUCUGAGGGGACCUCUCUACCACUGCUGCAUUUAGCUCCCUGUAUCAUAACCCAUCGUCCCAUAUUUGACACUGAGCGAGAACAGGAAAUGCUUUCACGAGUUAUGUUGAUGAAAAGUUAGAUAAAUGCUCACCGACCUGAAUGUUCUUUAAGUCUGCAGAAGAGCAGGAUGAUAUGAAGAAUUUCUACAGAGGAAUUAUCCAAUCAUCACCCAUAGUUUUCCAUGAUUAACCAAUCAGAUCACAGGUGAAACUGGCCACGAGAGAGAGAGUUGCUUCAUUUCAAAGCCCUUAAAAUAUGUUUUCUUGGUCUCUACUUGAAAUGGAGAUAAUUACAGACUUCAGGAGAGAGGACUGAGGAGAGAGGAGGGAAAUCUAAAAAGAAUUUAGCAAGAAGACACAAGAUUUGCCUUCUCUGAAGUCUUUUGAGAGACAGGGUGUAUCAAACAUCACUGACCGAUUGGAAGCUGCAGUGAUUUGGACUUUAACAUAACUUCAAAACAUCUCCAGAGAAAAGAAAGACUCCAAAAGUGUCUCUCAAGAGAGUCGUGAUACAGAUCAUGAACAUGCGCAGCUUUGGAUUGAUAAAAUUAUCGUACUCGACCCAGAGAGAGACAGCUUUGCCAUGCGGUUUUCUUAUUUGUGACGUCUUUGCAGUAAUUUUCACAGAAACAACUACAGAUCAGAGUCAUGUUGGUUGUAUUUUCGUUUUGCUCUUAUUUUGAAGGGAUUUUUCUCUUCCUCUUGUCUUAAGGUGUCAGAGUCUCGUGUGGUCGAGUGUCCCAGCAUCCAGAUAACGACUAUUUCCCCUGAAGACGACCCCCCUCCCACCAUUUCCACUUACUGGGACAUGGGUGGUGGUGGCGGUGGCUGGGAUCGUGAUCGCCUCUACCUCCCCCUGCUGGACCCCUUUAGUUACCGCGACAGAUGCCCCGGGUCCCUCAGCCCCAGCCCCGCCUCCAGCCCCUCCUCCCGUGGUUGGCUCAGCCCCGCCUCCAGCUGUGACUCCCUGCUGGUGGAGGAGGAAGACCUGAACGAGGCCACUAUCAAUUUCGGGCUCUCGCCGUCCUCAAGGCCGACUUCUCCGGGGGGAAAGAAGCGUCGAAACUCCCCGCUGGCCUCGCCCUGUACCUCACGGAGGGGCAGCUACUCAGAAGACCUGCAGGGAUGCAACCUGGAGGGUGGAGACUCCAUCAGUCCAUCACAGGGCCAGCCUAACAGCUGUGAGCUCAGCAUCCCACAGAAAACCAGGAAGACGUCACUGGAACAGGUAGAGGUGUUUUUCCUCGAUGUUAAAGUGUUUAAAAGUGAAGAUAGAAACCAGACUACAGCGUUGAAACAAACUUUGUUUUCCAGUUGUCCCCCAGGGAGGUGGAUCAGGAGCAGGCUCCAGGACACAGCUCCCCCUGCCUGCUGCCGGAGACACAGCAGACCAGGAGAGAGCCCCCCUCAGUGGGCAUGGACUACCUCUCUGUGCCCCCUGCUCUGGCCUGGGGCCGGACCCGAGCGAACGCCCACAGUCCUCUCUUCAGGCAAGGAUACACUCUGUGAUCUGAACAUGUCACCAACAGAAACCGGUAGAAAUUAAGCAUAUAGAUCUAUAACUAGAUAAAUUUAUAACUUCAGGUAUGUCACGUCUGCAUGUGUGUUUCAUAAAUCCAAUUAUUAUUUGGUCAGGCGAAACAGUUUCUGAUCGCUAAUGUCGUGAACACUUUCAGGUCGAAUGCUCUGCCGCCGCUUGACUGGCCUCUUCCGUCUCAGUUCGACCAGUACGAGCUGCGUAUCGAGGUGCAGCCCCGCCCACACCACCGAGCUCACUACGAGACCGAGGGAAGCAGAGGAGCCGUCAAAGCCGCACCAACAGGACAUCCCAUCGUCAAGGUGAAACAGGAACCUGCAGAAAGUUGUAGUGAUGCAGCUUUCAUGUGUACAAACUUCCAUUUUGAUCAUCUCUGUAGGUUUAUGAUGAUGUUAUUCUGACUGCACGUUAAGUGUGAUUAUCCUUUGAAGCUGAAGUUGACAUUCUGCCUCUUAGUUUUGUUUUUAUGAAGCAGGGACAAAGUGUCAGGACACGUGUCGUGGUCUCAUCACAGUUUGAUUCCUCCCUCUCACCGUGUGUCUCUGUGCAGCUGUGCGGAUACGCCGAGAGGAAGCCGCUCUCCCUUCAGGUUUUCGUCGGAACGGCCGACGACCGAUCGAUCAGGCCUCACCCUUUCUAUCAGAUCCACAGGUACUGAACCGUAAUAACAUUUUACAACUCAUUCUGAAGCACCAUUUUAUUUUCUAAUCCAGCGAUGCUCAAGGGAACACAGAGAAAAAACACCACUGUGGCCGUAACCAUUACAUAACCCACCACCAACUGCUUUGAGUGUUGGUCCAGGAAAUUUCUUGCACCAGAGACUCUCAAUCGAGCUUACUCUGGAUGAGAACAUGAACUUAAAGCAGGAACAGCGAAAUCUUUAAAUGAAAAACAACAUGAAACCGCUUUAUUCCAUCUUCUUAUAGUCUAGGGACCCUAUAUUUAUAUACAGCUAAAGGAAAAUGUUCUUUUGGCUUGUCUUUCAUAUCAGUAAUUUAGGAUAGAGGAUAAAAUGUCCCGUAUCUCAAUUUGCCGUCAUAAAAAUGUAUUAAAAAAAUCUGGUAAUUUGAGGCGUUACUUUCAAAUUUGUCACUUUUUCGUUCAAUAAAUGACUCUAUAACAGAUUAAAUUGGUCUUAAAUUGUAAAAGUUUAACUCCUUCAAGAUUACAGGGUGUUUCUUGAUCACUAGUUUUUCAUUUGGACACAAAAAUGUGAAACAAAGAGGGCGUUAGAUUCAUGUUUUUCCCCCCUCAGGGUCACAGGAAAGAUGGUGGGCACAGCCAGCCAUGAGAGUGUCCAGGCGGGGACCAAACUGCUCGACAUCCCGCUCAACCCCGAGAACAACAUGACCGCACUGUAAGUAAGAGAGAGAUACUCAACCUCUGCUCUAAAAAUAUAAAUUUAGUUGUACUAGAUUCAAGGCUUUAAAGCAAACUGGAGGAGCAGGUAAAUACUGAAAUAAAGCAUCGGCUCAUGACCGAAGUCGCCUCUCAAGCAGAAGUUCUAAAUCCUAAAGAAAAUGUUUGUCUCGUAGCAUCGACUGCGCUGGGAUCCUGAAGUUGAGGAACUCGGACAUCGAGCUGAGGAAAGGAGAAACGGAUGUAGGGCGAAAAAACACCCGUGUCCGCUUGGUUUUUCGCACCCACCUCCCUCUGGCACCUCCUGUCGCCCCACCUGGCCGAGUCCUGGCUCUACAAGUGGCCUCCCUGCCCAUUGAAUGCUGUGAGUAAAGCAACUUCAGAAAUAUAUGCCAGAGAAGGUACUGACAGCUGCUUUGUAAGAUUUAGACACUGGGGGUCUAAUUGACUCCUUCAUUUCAGCCCAGCGUUCGGCUCAGGAGCUGCCCGUCAUCGAGUCUGUCAGUCUCACCUCCUGCUCCGUGGAGGGAGGAGAGGAGCUUCUUCUGAGCGGCACCAACUUUCUGCCGAUCUCCAGAGUUCUUUUCAUGGAGAGAGGGACAGGUAAAGGCCUCUGUGUUGUUUCUCACCUAAAAAAACAAAAACGAGACACGGACCGAACUCAUCUGCCUGUUUCUGAUCUCCAUUAGCGUGAGUUUUAGUAAAUACCUGAUAAAUACAGGCUGAAAAUAGCCGUAAUGGGAAUACAUCAUGAAGUGGGAUGGGAGGACAUUUGUUCAAAACACGGCUGUGAAAUAAACUCAAGCUGUCGCAGAGAGUGAGACAGGACUUCCAGGAAUCUGAAUCCACAAAAACAUGAUUUUUAAUGAAAAGUAAGUAAACUUGUUUACAUGGUUAGGCCCAGAAAAGAGAAAGCAUAGAGGGAUUGUUGGUCAUUUGGAUCCAGCCAACUGGGAGUCAUGUGGGAGAAAUGAUGCACUUUUCCAUCAUUAUUUUUACGGUUUAAAACAAGCAGCUCUUUUGAGAAUUACACGCUCGCCUCCCACUGAAAGCUUUUGCUUUUGCUAAGGUUUCACGCGCAGGACAUCGACUCUGAACUCAGUAUGUUUGCACAGAAGUUAAUACUGGGGUGUUUCUUGAUUUGACUUGAUUUAACCCUGUGUGUGUUUCUCUAUCAGAUGGUAAACUACAGUGGGAGGAGGAGGCUCAUGUUGACAGAGACAACAGCAAUGAGGUAAUUCUGUCCGAGUCGUCAGAAAUCCUUCAAAUAUUCAGAUGAGAAUCUGCAACAAAAUACAGCUGCCAUCUCUCAGCGAACGCCUCAUGAGUUCUCUCAAUGUUUUUAUGUCCUCCAGUGUUUGUUGUGCGUGAGAGUCCCCGCCUACAGCGACCUGUCCGUCAGCCGGCCUGUGUCUGUUAGUCUUUAUGUGUCCAACGGGAAGAGGAAAAGGAGCAGCACUCACUGCUUCAAGUACCUACCGAGUGAGUGUCCACUCUCACCUGCACACCAAACACACCGUAACACCGAGUUAGACACCCCCUCCAGAGAUGAUUGUUGCCGACCGCUUGCUUCUCUAGUUAUACCAACUUUAGUAACGACCGCACGAUAGCAAUACACAGCGGUCUGAGGAGCCAUAAACAAACCUCAACCAAAACGCCACUUUAUAGACACAAAUAAUACUCAGAACAGCACCUAACUUCAUCAGCAGGACAUAUAGGGUCCCAGCCACAGUACCAGUCACCAAACGUCUUUUUAACUUUGCCUAAUUUCUUUAGCAAAGAGACUAAACACAACUCACCUACUCUCUUCCAGCAGCCGCUUGUUUGUAGUGAGACCUCAGGCCAGUCCAUUAUGGACUACAGCGGGGUGACGCAGCUCAAGGAAGAACAUUUAUGAUCAUUUCUUUAUCAUUUCCUUGAAGUAAUAAUCACUAAAUUAACCAUUUUGCACUGCAGACGUGGUCAUUUUUUUGCCUUAGCAUCUUGGUCUGUUUGCUAUGUGCUAUGGCUGGGACCCUAUAUGUCCUGUUGAUGAAGUUAGGUGCUGUUCUGAGCAUUAUUUGUGACGUUUUGGUUGAGGUUUGUUUAUGGCUCCUCAGACCACUGUGUAUUGCUAUCCUUCGGUCGUUACUAAAGUUGGUAUAACUAGAGAAGCAAGCGGUUGGCAAUAUUCAUCUCUCAAUGGGGUGUCUAACUCGGUGUUAUGGUGUGUUUGUCCCCAAAUUAAUAAUACGCCAGAAUAUCCCUUUAAAAGCUGUUUUUAAAAGUGAACUUAAAUGUAGGAGAUUAAACUUACUGAAAAUUCCUUCAUCCUUUUACAGACAUUGUUGAAAGAAUUUGUUGUAAAUGUAAAUAUUUCCUCCUCACUGUUUAUGAUCGACCUGUUUCUGUCUCUCAGUCAUGUUCAAAGAGGAGGACCCUCUGCUGUCCCGGCCCCCUGCUCUUCCUCUGGAUGGGGGUCCUCUGUGUCCUGUCGGGGGUCAAACCAGGAUGGACAGAGGCUUCCACAUGAGAGGUGACCCCAUGGCUGAUGAUCGAGGCCUGGGCUUCCACCUUCCCCCUUACCCCUCCACCUACUCCCCCCCGUGCCCGUCGAUGGGUUACCAUGAGGAGUACUGCUCUAAACCCGACUCUGCGCUGGAGGAUCCUGGCGGGCCCAGGGCUGCUCUGUCUGAGCGUCACCCCAGCUUCGAGAGCCUUGAGCUGGGCUUCACCGAGCUCCUUCCCCCGUUGUACCCUCGUGGCCCUCAACCUCCCUCCCCAUCCCCAUCCCCAUGGCUGGACUCCCCCUACCUGUCCUCAUCGCCCUCUCCCUCCCACUCCUCCUCUCUCAGCCCGUUUCCCACCGGCAGUCCCAUCUCCACCUCUCCCCUGCCUCCCCUCCCCACCUCCCCUUACCCUCAGUACUCCUCUUACCCUCAGGAGGUGUGUCCCUCCCCGCCCUCCAACCUCAGCCCGUAUCAGGACAUCUGCCCUGCACCUUACUCCAGUUAUGAUGGCUGGGACCCUCAGGGGAGGAUGCCAGGGGUGGGACACGGGGGAGAGAGGGAUGCGAAGAUCCAGGAGUGUCCUCUGGAGUUCAGCAGCUCUGCUCCUAUGCACCACAUCACGUUUGAAGAAGGUCAGUAUUUAUCGCUGUCUUUAUUUGGGCACUUUUGUAGGAGAUGAACCACAGAAACAGUCUGCUUUGGUUCAGUAGAGUUCAGGACGGGUUGGUACGGCAGACUUUGCUUUACCCCGGUGUUUCCCUCAGGAUGCAUGUUGGCCUCAGAUUUUGAUUAGAUUUUUCGCAUGCAUGUUAUACAUCAGUACAAUUUUUGUCCUACGUUUCUUUUGAGGUAAGAUAAGAUGUGAGGAAAUAUAAGAUAAUACGUGUUUUUAUGCAUUGAGGGGGGUUUUGUUCUGCCGUUAUGUCGUUGCACUCUCAAGGAACAACAGUUUUUAGCUCUUCUGCAUUAGCUUCAUUGUGCACUGAGGAUUGCUUCUUGCUGUGGAUCUGAUGCUCGACUAUCUGGGUGUGAAAAAGCACAGAUGUCAUCUCAUAACCUGAUGUUGUUUGGCGUCUUUUUCAUCUUUAAAAUGGAGAUAAAUUUGUAUGAAUGCUGUGUCAGUUUAAACCGAUGCAAAAUGUAUCUACCAAAGAAAUUUAAAAUGAACCCUGCAGGGAGGACUGCAGACUGGUGGAGCUACAAGUACUCUGUAACAAAAGAGUCGCUGGGGUUUAGGUUCGCUUGCAUCUGCGACUCGUUUGAAUGAUCAGUCUGGUUUGAGUGUUAAAAACAUGACUUGUUGUUUAAAAAAAGGAAAGAAAACACGCUGAUCCGGGUCCAAAUCUUUUGCCUUGAAAUGAAAAAGUGAUAAGAUGAAAUUACGUUAAAACAGGAUGAGUGAAACGGUGAAAAAUGAUGGAAAACGGUCAACAGAAAAUAAUCAGAGCUUUCCAAAACCAUUGUCUGACGACGCCGGUGAGAUUUAAAUAACCCGCCAAACACACCAAAACCACACCCCUCAGUGACCAACCCUGGAAGUGAUGUACCGCGUAGAAGUCAAACUCAACAAGUAUAUUUUGGCUCCUAUAAAUCCCUUGUUUAGACUAGUUGGUUAGGAGACUGGAUGAAGUGAAAACCAAGGUUGUAACUGUGUCCUUCUCCUCUUCACAGUGUCAGAGUUCAUCGGGGAGGAUAUCCAGUCCUACCACAUGGACAACCAGCCAAACUGAGCUCAGAGCGGCUCAUUUCCCUCUGUCUGGUAUUCAGCGAAAUCUAAAAUUGAUUACGAAGACACUGUUGUAAUUAUGACCACAGGUAACUGUUAUGGUUUUAUAAAGGGAAACUAAUGUUUUGAACAUGUUUUCAAUAUAAAUUAUACAAGAAAGUGAA